AUGCCUCAGUCAAACUUUGGACAUUUGCCCCGAGCGGCAUCCGGCACUCUGAAGUGUCCCCUUGAGGGUGCGGCGCUGCUGCACAGUGCGCAGUUUAACAAAGGAUCGGCCUUUUCUGCAGAGGAACGAGGAGCUUUUAAGCUUCAAGGCCUUCUUCCACCUAAUAUACAGACAUUAGACGAACAAGUGGAACGAGCCUAUCAGCAAUACAAAAGUCGCCCAGAUGACUUGGCCAAGAAUACCUUUUUGGCCAGCAUGAAGGCACAGAGUGAAGUGCUGUUCUAUCAGCUUUUAAAAUCGCAUCUUAAGGAAAUGUUUGGUGUGAUUUAUACACCCACCGAAGCCGAAGCUAUUCAAAACUACUCGCGUCUGUUUAGAAAGCCGGAGAGAUGUUUCCUUAACAUUAAAGAACAGGACCGGAUUGAUGAAAUCUUUCGCAAUCUUCCACCAGGUGACAUUGACUACAUCGUUAUCCUUGGAAUUGGCGAUCAGGGCGUGGGUGCGGUACUCAUCUCCUCCGCCAAAUUGGCCAUCACAACAAUCUGCGGUGGCAUCCAUCCGUCUAGAUCGCUCCCUGUAGUGCUUGACUGCGGAACUAACAAUGAGCAUCUUCUCAACGAUGAUUUGUACUUGGGCCUUCGCCAGCGCCGAGUCCGCGGUGAGGAGUAUGACGCGUUUGUGGAGAAGUUUGUUUGCGCUGCGAAGAAGAGAUAUCCGCAUGCGUAUAUUCACUUCGAGGACUUCGGUCUGCAAAAUGCGAAGCGUAUCCUGGAAAAAUACAGCUCGCAAAUCUCCUGCUUUAACGACGAAAUCCAAGGGACAGGAUGUGUCAGAUUGACUGCUAUGCUUGCAGGUCUUCAUCUGAGCAAGGUCAAGCUCGAGGAUGUUCGAGUUGUAUGUUUUGGGGCUGGAUCUGCGGGUACUGGCAUUGCGGAUCAAAUCAGUGAUGCCAUUGCCACCGAGGCUGAUGGCUCAAAGGAGGAUGCCACUAGCCAGCACACCCUCACGUAUCAUUUCCGGUGUAUCGAUAAGCACGGUCUGUUGCUUAAAUCUCAAUCAGAGGACCUCACCCCGGCUCAAAGGCUAUUCGCAAGGGAUGACAGGGAAUGGGCAGAUGCUGAAGGGCAUGAUUUGCUUUCUGUGGUAAAGAAAGUGAAGCCCCAUGUGCUGAUCGGCACUUCUACACAGCCUGGGGCAUUCACAGAAGAAAUUAUCAAGGAGAUGGCAAAGAACCCUGAGGAUAUCAACACUUGGACAGAAGGUCGAGCUUUGAUUGCGACCGGAAGCCCCUUUCCUCCAGUGAAAUAUCAAGACGUUGAAAAAGAAAUUGGAGAGUGUAACAACUCUACAGUCUUUCCGGGCAUUGGUUUGGGGGCUAUUCUCUCUCGAACAAGCCAUUUGUCUAUGAAAAUGAUAGUUGCUGCAUCAAAAGCACUAGCAGCUGCGGCUCCUGCCCUCCAAGCUCCGACCAAGCCCCUUCUGCCAGACGUUGAAGAAGUUCGUGAUUUGAGCGUGAAAAUUGCCAAGGCUGUUAUUCAAGAAGCUGUACGAGAAGGUUUAGCGCAGGAAUAUGAUAUCCCAGGAGAUGCCCGCGAGUUAGAUGAUUGGAUUCGCGUCCAGAUGUGGGAACCCACGUAUCGGCCACUCGAGAGGAUUGAUUGA